UGGAACUCAAGUUGACAAAACGACACCUAAGCGACACUGUAUUGAAGAUGUGACGACGUUGUGUAUUCUGGUGACGAGACAAGAUCAAGAUGGUCGUUCAGUUGGUCGCAAUAUACAACGCCCCUAAUCCAGUGGUUGUGGAGGACGGGUAUGACGAAGCUACUAGCGACCUGUACUGUGGUCGUCCAAAAUUUCUUGCGGAAUAUCUGGUCAACCGCGGUCUUCGACGUCUCCUUGUCAUCAAGGAGCUUGAUGCCCAAGAGGGAGCAGAUCUGAUCGCAAGAUUCCCUCACAAAUACUUCCAGCAGAAUGUGACGGACCACAUCAAGCAAGAAAACUUAACAUCCGAACAAGAACCAAUACCAAAUGCAGCUGAUCAUAAUUCUUCUCCAGAGGCCGAAGCUGCUGGGGUAGAGUUGAGGAAGGUAUUCACCAGGAUUUUCACUUUGAGAACGUUAUUAAACAAAAAUACUUAGAGUUAGAUGUUGACACUAAAUCUAAACAUUCUUCUCUUUCUAGGCCUUGCUAAAAAAGCAGACUUGAGAGUCUUGUUUGAAACUUCCAGAUUCCUUCUCCUUCGCGACGACGACAACGAUAUAGCGUUCCGAAGUUCAGUUCAAAGUUGAACCUGGAGAGGGAAGAUGUAUGGAACCCAAGUAUCUCGAAAGGUCAUGCAAACGGGCUCCUCAUCGUGCGACGCAGCUGUGACCGGAUGCCCUCGGAGUGCGAAAAGAUCGACAUCAGCGGGAAGAAGGGACAGAUGAUUGAGAGAGAGCAAGAGACGACGUGCUGGAAUGCCACUAGUAGGAGAAGAACAUCUAGUUCUACUUUAUUGCGAAUGAUAUCCGAAGAACUGUUGACACCGACUUCGCGAAGCAAACGUCGGCGACGCCGUACGAGGAAGACAAAGUCGCAAAUGCUUCGCCACAGAGGAGACGAGGCCGCGACUGGGUCUGGACCUCCUUCUAUGCCUGCUUUUCUGAGCUGUGGGGUCUUCGGCAGGACGACAGUCCCCUUUUGUGGAAGUGUGUGUGGCGGAGCAUCAUCAUCAUCAUCAUCAUCAUCAUCAUCAGGCUCUCGUGGCGUUUAUUUCUUCAAUAGGAAAAAUUCGGACAACAAGACAAGAAGACGGACGCACGCACCUCCCGACUCUGACUCUAGCUGGUGUCGAUCAGAAUCAGGUGCAGCAGCGUGCAUCUCCUCGUGCUCUUUCAGCUCUACUGGAAAAUCUUCCUGGUCAUCAACGUCGGAUCGGAACUCAGUCUCAUCCGUGGAGAACGACGCCAGUUCGACUGCGAGGUGGUCUUCGAGCAAACCAGGAGAUGAGAAAGCAGAGCAAGCACGCAGAAUGUCGGAAAGGACCUUAAGUUCUCACCUUCAGCAUCGAGAUCCUUCUCAGUUGAGCACUAGUCCAAUCAGCAGGACAGAACCAAAAAAGACGAUGAAUGGCAAUGAUCAAUGGCAGCCACGACCUGGUGGUACGGAUAAGACAGCUCCGUUGAAUAGCACGAACAAGCCGAAUUCAUCGACUCCUUCCUCGUCUUCGAGGACCAUGUGGCAGGAUAAGCAUACCACCCCAGCAGUAACAACAAGUUCCCCGCCUGUCAGCGAAAUACGCUACAACCUUCACCGCUCGCCUAUCAGGCGUAACAGUCUCCUGUCGACAUGCACCGAGGCUCGUACAAGUUGCGCUAGUGAUGCUGCACUUGAUCUUGCGAUCUAUUCUGCACAAGACGGCAUUGGGGUCUCACCCAUGACAUCAAUCGCAUCUGGGCAGCUUACUAGUCAAAUGCCAAUACUAAAGAUCGCCGACAUCGAUGAGAUAUUCCGACCGCUUGAUGAAGAAACUCAAAAGUGAAGAGACAGUAAACGAAGGUAGGCCCCAUAGGCUUUCAACGACAGACGAUGGAACUCGAUGCGAUUCAAGUUCAAUAAGUCAUAAGCGUCUCAGCAAGGCUUGAGCAUCUAGGCGUAGCCCAUCAGAAUCACUGAUGUACACGAGACGAGACUGAGUCACACCAUUGCUGUGAAUACUAGGUGGCAAGGAGAUCAUGAGAAGAUCAUGCUGUGACAACAUUUUAUAUAAAUAAUUACGACGACCAGCACCAGUUUUAUAGAUGCACAGUAGUCUACAUCUACUUGUACAUUUACUUAGUAUACAACUUGUAUAGGCUUAUGGUUUUUGAUGCUCACUCUAAGAUCAGAAAAUGAAACAAGACGACAAUAAUCGUACAUGUGCACGUGCAGCAACUCCACAUAUGCAUAACAAUGAUGAACAUGAAAAAAUACCAAUGUGCACAGCGAGGAUUAGAUUCAGACUCUAUAUUAAUGAAAGAUCUUGAUCGUGCUCGAGAUGGAGAUGGUGAUGGAGGGUGAAGAUAGAUUUCUUUGGGAAUAUUGAUAUUGUAUCGACAUUGUGGCGAUCAUGAUAAUAUUUCUUAUUCUUCAAUCUGCACUCAUGGUCUUUUUGCGAACAGGCGGAGAUUUACAAUAUAUCGUUUGAUUCCUUGAUUUUGAUAGAUAAGAGUGCCUUGGCUGUUGGUAGGACUAGGAGCGCGCUCUUCCUCGAAAAGCUUGUUGAAUUUGAUCUUGAUACUCCAGCAGUCUUCAAUAUUUCCGUGUCUACUGCUACUCUAUGCAUACGCAUAUUCAUUUGGCGUCCUUGCUUAGAGUUCGAAUUUUGCAUGUGGUCCAUUGGAAAUCCGUUUUUGCGCUUGAAUCACAUUGAGUGAACUUAUGUAUGCUCUUCAUGUCUUUAACUGGCAAAGAGCGAGAGCAUCUGCACUGCUUCUAUUCAAUGGUACAAAAGAUGGCACGGAUACGCAAAAUGCAUGAAAUCCAAGAAGAAGGAGAUACCACUGAGAAAACGGUGAGCGCCUCAUGGAUAGAGGCUUUUUUUCCAAUAUUUUCCGUUGAAAGAAGCAAAAUCAAAAAUGUAGCAUCCUUCCCUCGAUGGCGCUAGAAAGUCUACCUUCCACGAUUUCAGAAGGAGAGGUCUCACUCUCACUGGUUCAGCUCAUCAUGACAAACUCAAGGAUCCGCGUUGGUGAAAACUGUUGCAAUUGCAUGUGGUACAAUUAAAGGAUACCAAAAUAGUAGGCAGAUAUUGUCUGAUAGUGUUGGACCACAAGAACACAGGCCUCCGUGCCUUGGUUCGUUUCUCAGUGGAGACACAAAGUCAGAAUCUUGAAUGCAAGCAAAUCCUGAUGCUCCUGCCUGAGACUUGCGAUCUCUGGCUGGUGUAAUCCCUUGACUGGUUCACUGGGUAAGAUGAAUCACACAUCAGC